GAAAAGCGCGUCACGUGACGGCUGGCCCCGCCUCUUCCUCUCGGUCCCAUAUUGAACUCGAGUUGGAAGAGGCGAGUCCGGUCUCAAAAUGGAGGUAAAACCGCCGCCCGGUCGCCCCCAGCCCGACUCCGGCCGUCGCCGCCGCCGCCGGGGGGAGGAGGGCCAUGAUCCAAAGGAACCAGAACAGUUGAGAAAACUGUUUAUUGGUGGUCUGAGCUUUGAAACUACAGAUGAUAGCUUAAGAGAACAUUUUGAGAAAUGGGGCACACUUACAGAUUGUGUGGUGAUGAGAGACCCCCAAACAAAACGUUCCAGGGGCUUUGGUUUUGUGACUUACUCUUGUGUUGAAGAGGUGGAUGCAGCAAUGUGUGCUCGACCACACAAGGUUGAUGGGCGUGUAGUGGAACCAAAGAGAGCUGUUUCUAGAGAGGAUUCUGUAAAGCCUGGUGCCCAUCUAACAGUGAAGAAAAUUUUUGUUGGUGGUAUUAAAGAAGAUACAGAAGAAUAUAAUUUGAGAGACUACUUUGAAAAGUAUGGCAAGAUUGAAACCAUAGAAGUUAUGGAAGACAGGCAGAGUGGAAAAAAGAGAGGAUUUGCUUUUGUAACUUUUGAUGAUCAUGAUACAGUUGAUAAAAUUGUUGUUCAGAAAUACCACACUAUUAAUGGGCAUAAUUGUGAAGUGAAAAAGGCCCUUUCUAAACAAGAAAUGCAAUCUGCUGGAUCACAAAGAGGUCGUGGAGGUGGAUCUGGCAACUUUAUGGGUCGUGGAGGAAACUUUGGAGGUGGUGGAGGUAACUUUGGCCGUGGUGGAAACUUUGGUGGAAGAGGAGGCUAUGGUGGUGGAGGUGGUGGCAGCAGAGGUAGUUAUGGAGGAGGUGAUGGUGGAUAUAACGGAUUUGGAGGCGACGGUGGUAACUAUGGCGGUGGUCCUGGUUACAGUAGUAGAGGAGGCUAUGGUGGUGGUGGACCAGGAUAUGGAAACCAAGGUGGUGGAUAUGGUGGCGGUGGUGGAGGAUAUGAUGGUUACAAUGAAGGAGGAAAUUUUGGAGGUAACUAUGGUGGUGGUGGGAGCUAUAAUGAUUUUGGAAAUUAUAGUGGACAACAGCAAUCAAAUUAUGGACCCAUGAAGGGGGGCAGUUUUGGUGGAAGAAGCUCGGGAAGUCCCUAUGGUGGUGGUUAUGGAUCUGGUGGUGGAAGUGGUGGAUAUGGUAGCAGAAGGUUCUAAAAACUCAGAAGAAAAGGGCUACAGUUCUUAGCAGGAGAGAGAGCGAGGAGUUGUCAGGAAAGCUGCAGGUUACUUUGAGACAGUCGUCCCAAAUGCAUUAGAGGAACUGUAAAAAUCUGCCACAGAAGGAACGAUGAUCCAUAGUCAGAAAAGUUACUGCAGCUUAAACAGGAAACCCUUCUUGUUCAGGACUGUCAUAGCCACAGUUUGCAAAAAGUGCAGCUAUUGAUUAAUGCAAUGUAGUGUCAAUUAGAUGUACAUUCCUGAGGUCUUUUAUCUGUUGUAGCUUUGUCUUUUUCUUUUUCUUUUCAUUACAUCAGGUAUAUUGCCCUGUAAAUUGUGGUAGUGGUACCAGGAAUAAAAAAAUAAGGAAUUUUUAACUUUUCAAUAUUUGUGUAGUUCAGUUUUUCUACAUUUUAGUACAGAAACUUUAACAAAAUGCAGUUUUGAAGGUGUUUCCUUGUGAGUUAACAAGUAAAGAAGAUCAUUGUUAAUUAAUAUUUUGUAUGAAUUUUGCUAAAGUUAACUGUAAAGAAACACCUGCUGACUUGCAGUUUAAGGGGAUCUAUUCUCCCCAUUUCCAAACCAUGAAAUGAAUGGGCUCUGACAUGCGGAGAGAAUAGAUAUUUGUAUGUUUGCAAUGUGUGUUUUAGAUAAUAGAAUUGGGUAUUUAAAUUAGCAUAUUUGUGAAUUUAAUAGCAUUAAGAUUUACUUCAAAUGAAAAAUCUCAAAAUUCCUAUUUGGUUUUUGUGCAUUUUCUUUCAAAAUGUAAUCAUAUGAUUUUAGUGUAUUAGCUUUGCUGAGAGUCCUAGCUGUGUUUAGAACAUCUCCAUUCUACAUUCACCUUGGUCACAUGUGAACUGCUGCCAUAGUUUUAUUUGGGUGUAAAGAAUGUCUCCUGCCCUCUGUUUAAAUUCUGGAAAGGGAUAGUGAAUGUUUUCCGUUUCCUCCUACCUUAAGAAACAUUCUUAAAAUCUUCAAAAUACAGGACCACUAAGCCUGCUCUAUCUGAGCGAAUUAGUGGCUACCUUUUUUUUUUUUCUUUUCAAAGCACAAGAGGCCCAUAAAUCUUCAGUUAUUUUCCUUGGUUUAAUAUAUAUUUUUUUGAUACAAGCUCUCAGAGCAAGAGAAUAAAAAUCAUGCAUUGUUGAACCCUUAACUGGCUGGCAUGCUUUCCUGUUUGUACCCUCUGCAUUUUACUGGAUGAAACCAAGGAUAGUCUAGAUAUAAUCAUCCCAAGUGAUUACUGCAGUAGAAGUGUAGCACAGUUGCUUAGUACAAACAAGCUUUUCACUUCCUCAAGACCUGAAUUCAAAUUUGGAUAGUCAGAGUUUGUACUCACUAAAAAUCCCAAAGAACACACUGUUAUUUCCAUGUGUAUGCUUGAACCUAAAUCAUGUUGGUGUGAGUUUACAAUUUGGAAGACCCUGGUUGAGAAGAGUCUUAGAUAACAAGGUCAUAUAUAUAUAUAUACAUAUAUAUAUAAACCAAUGUCUACUGUUUCGCGCCAGCUAGUGCUUAAAAUUUCAUUCGAGCCCUAAGUAUGUGCCCUGCUGUUAUUAUUUCUUGGGUAGUUGAACGUUAAAUUUGAGAUUCUUAUUUUUGUUUUAAGAAGUACUAAGCAAAACAAGCAAUAAAAGGGGGGAUGGGGCGUGCUAGUGUUUGAAUAUGCUCUCGUUGCUCUAAUUCUGUGCCUCUGUGCAUUAGUAUUUGGAUGCAUGCAAUGCCAGCAUGGAAAUCGGUCUUCACAGACACUGCAGUUUUCCAGAAAACACUCACAAACCAAUAAAUGUAACAGACAACAUUCCAUUUGUUAAUGGACAUAUGUGAAUAAGCAGUGUAGAAAAUAGGCUAAUUAUUAGAAAAUGGUUAAGUCUUUAACAACUUCAAGUGUUGGUUAUAUAAAUGGACACUGUCAAUGUUCAUAACUUAAACCUGGGUACCUGGUCAAAAUAAUGCUUGGGAAACAUUUUAUUAAAAUUAAGCUAAAUUGUC